AUGCCAAACAAUUUCAGAAUAAUAACUUUCAGCUCGAGCUGUGUUGGAAAACAUAUAAAAUGGUCUAAAAAGCUUUACAUUUGGAAGGUCCAAAUAGGUUUCGAAGCUCAUACUCUUCAAUUUUUUGAAAGCAAAUUUUCAGGCCGCAGACGAGCUUUUUUAAAUGAAAAAUUAUAUCUUUUCGCAAGAAAAACUCGGCAGCUUGGACAAUACCCUUUAAGGAUAAGAAGCCAUAUGAUUUUAAUAUAUGAGAAAAAAGACCACAGUUUUGAUUUGAAAUUUUUUAGUGACUAUUUUAAAGCAUUAAAAAUAUCCUUGCCUAUCUAUUUUCCUAUAUAUUUUUUCUAAAAUAGAACUUUAUUUAUAAAAUUAAUUGUUUUUAUUAAUUUAUUCAGUUAAGCAUAAUACCAUUGCCAGAGAGUGAAUUAUAUAAAACUACUUGCAGCACAUGUGACACCUGCCAGUCAAAUAAUAAUGAAAUUAUGAUGAGAAGCAUUUCAUGCUACGAAACUUUAUCUCCCUACAUUAAUAUUGAAAAUAUAAAUAAUGAGAGUGAUGAAGUUGCCCAUAAAGACAAUUUCAACACUUAUAGAGAAGCAGUUGAUGCGUUAUCAUUUGCAAAAAAAACAAAAAUAAGAAAAUGGCUAACUGAGGAUUCGAGAUUUGAAAGGAGUAAAAGUGACUAUAGGGUUUGACCCUUAAUAGCCCGAUAAGGGCAGAUGAUUCCCGCGAAAUCAUCGAGUCGGUCCAACCAACAAGUGAGCUGGUCCGGCCAACGCACUAAGUUGGUUGGACCAACUCAAUAAUUCCGCAGGGAAUCAUCUGCCCUUAUCGGGCUAUUAAGGGUCAGCAGCCAUAUACAAGAGCAGCUUCUACUGAAAGUUAUAUUUUUAGAGAUUAA